AUGAAGUUCCAGGGGUUCCUGGCCUGCCUCCUGCUGGCCCUCUGCCUGGGCGGUGGGGAGGCUGGCCCCCUGCAGAGCGGAGGGGAAAGCACUGGGACAAAUAUUGGGGAGGCCCUUGGCCAAGGGACCAGAGAAGCAGUCGGCACUGGGGUCAGGCAGGUUCCAGGCCUUGGCGCAGCAGAUGCUUUGGGCAACAGGGUCGGGGAAGCAGCCCAUGCUCUGGGAAACACUGGGCAUGAGAUUGGCACACAGGUGGAGGAUAUCAUUCAACAUGGAGCAGAUGCUGUCCACGGCUCCUGGCAGGGGGCACCCGGUCACAACAGUGCUUGGGAAACUUCUGGAGGCCAUGGCACCUUUGGCUCUCAAGGUGGUCUUGGAGGCCAGGGCCAGGGCAAUCCUGGAGGUCUGGGGACUCCGUGGAGCCAGGGAUACCCUGGAAACUCAGCAGGCAGCUUUGGAACCAACCCUCAGGGAGCCCCCUGGGGUCAAGGAGGCAAUGGAGGGUCACCAAACUUUGGGACCAACACUCAGGGAGCUGUGGCCCAGCCUGGCUAUGGUUCACUGAGAAGCGGCAACCAGAAUGAAGGGUGCACUAACCCCCCACCAUCUGGCUCAGGCGGAGGCUCAAGCAACUCUGGGGCAUCCAAUACCGGCUCCUCCUCCGGCAACCAUGGUGGGAGCAGCGGAGGAAGCGGACAUAAACCCGGGUGUGAAAACCCAGGGAAUGAACCCCGCGGGACCGGGGGAUCUGGGAUUCAGGACUUCAGAGGACAGGGAGUUUCCAGCAGCACGAGGGAAGUAAGCAAAGAGGGCAAUCACCUCCUUGGAGGCUCUGGAGACAAUCAUCAGGGGCAAGGGUCCAGCUGGGGCAGCAGAGGAGGUGACGCUGUUGGUGGAGUCAAUACUGUGAACUCUGAGACAUCUUCUGGGAUGUUUAACUUUGACACUUUCUGGAAGAAUUUUAAAUCCAAGCUGGGUUUCAUUAACUGGGAUGCCAUAAGCAAGAACAAAGUCUCACCCCCCAGCACCCGAGCCCUUCUCUACUUCAGCCGACUCUGGGAGGAUUUCAAACACAACACUCCUUUCCUCAACUGGAAAGCAAUUAUUGAGGGUGCGGACACGUCAUCACUGCAGAAACGUGCAGGCAGCGCCGAUCAGAACUACAAUUAUAACCAGCAUGCGUAUCCCACUGCUUAUGGUGGGCAGUACUCAGUCAAGACCCCUGCAAAGGGGGGAGUCUCGCCUUCUUCCUCGGCUUCCCGGGUGCAACCUGGCCUGCUGCAGUGGGUGAAGUUUUGGUAGGCAAUUUCUUCCAACCACCACCGAGGCCCCGAAAAGCACUGGUAGUCAGGAGCUCCUCCCCUUGGCCCCCAGCCUGUACCAGCCCUGGCCCGGCUGCUGCACCUCUGUUUCCCAGGCUGGGGACCCAGCUUGUGUCUCCUUGUUUCCUCCUACUGCACUGUGGCGCUUCAGUGACCACCAGCCUCGUCGGAUACACCAGCAUCUUUCUCUACCUGCUCCCUUUUGUGACCUGAAGUCACUGUGACAGUUCUCCAGGAAAGAGGAGCUUCCUACUUUUGAGUCUCUCUGUGGAAAUAAAACAUGAAUCUUGUUUCCCUA